AUGCCUUAUUUUCCUUGGAUCAUUUCUGCAGUGGUUCUUAUUCUUGAGAAUAACAGCGGCGCUAAAGCGCUCAAACGCACCGUUGGACCUGUCUCCGAUCUUACAUUUGCGAACCUAAGCAGAGAAUGCAAUGGAUCUGACCCAGAGUUGUUCAAAUGGGGCAAAUGUCCAGGACUUAUAAACUGUGUCUAUUCAAAAAUGGAACCCAACUAUUCUCUAGGCACAAAUAUCGGCAGUAACAUCGCCGGCCUUCUGCCAACAAUAUUGGUUCUGAUAGGUGCCCCCCCUCUGGAGCUGCUACAAACCGCCAUCCUCUCUCCUCACCGUGCGCUAGCGACAUGUUGUUUUACGAUUGGCCUUCCUGUUACGCUAUUUCGCCAACUAAGACCUUUGGAUCAGCAGCUAGCUCAGUUGAAUCCGCUAGACCCGCGCGUGCGAAAAUGGAAGUUCAGCUUAUCAAGUCUAUCAAAAGGGCCCACAAAAGCGUCGAAAAAGCACGUUCUAUUCAAAAUUGUCGCUGAUAUGGUGAUAUUGAUCCUCACUGGAAUCAUGGUUUGGAAGAAUAUAAGCCUUAACAGCUAUGUGAUGGUUUCAUGGCGUUGCGAAUACUCAUUUCUCGUCAUUGCAUGGCCCGCUGCUUGUGUGGCCUGGCUGCUCUUUGCUGUCAGUCUUCUCUUUAUAAUGAAGGAAGAAAUUGUGAUUCAUAACACCGAGAAUCCACAUAUCAGAUACAGCAUAUGGAAGCUUAUGACCCUUCCCUAUACACUCAAUAUGAAACCGACCUCCAAUACAGAUUCUCCGCAAACACAAUCUCUGAAGUCAACAAACAUCUUAUUGGAACUACGUGAAGGCACUGGACCUGGAGCCAUUCAGGCGACUAUAUGUUCUGUGGACAUGAUACAACUUGAGGAGAAAAAUAUCAAGAGUGUGAUUCCAGUAAGUCGAUCAGAGAAAUACGUCAGCAAAGACCACUCUAUUACAGUGGAAAUAACAAUGCCAACUGAUUUUGGCCUACGGAGCUGGCGAACACUAGAAACUUGUAUUGAGAUUGUUGCUGUAGGUGUCUAUCUUUAUGCAACAUUCACAUUAAUGAGUUUGACUUUCUUGAGCUCGGAAAAGGCAAUGGUUUUUGCUACACAAAUGGCAAUUUGCUUAAGUUUAGUGAGGAUUUUUGGAUUGUUGUUCUAG